CGUCAUUGCCCCGAUCCUCUCCCGCUCCUGUAUGAAUGCUUGCGACCGAUGGGGGAGGGAAAAGCAAGGCUUGGAGCGAGAGAGACCCAAGCAUAUACUAUGUACUAAACGUCAUAAGAUGUCUGUCUCUUCUUUGCUUCCUUCUCCGCUUCUCUCCUUGUUCCGCUUCGUAUAAAUAUCGAACCGCCAUCCCGCCUACGCUUAGCUAUAUAGUAGCGAUUUGAUAAGAAGCGAAAAAAAAGGCUGCAUUGUACCCAACACAUAUUCCAAAUUCUCAAUCCCUCUCUCCUCCUUAUUCUCCCAAAUCCGAUAUCUAGGUAGCUAGCGGCGAAAAAGCAAACCAGGUCGGAAAACGCUACCACCCCUGGACGCAAAACCACCACAACAUCAAAGCUCCUUCGAAACACACGAAACAAACUACAUCAAAGAAGCAACAAUGUCCAAGUCCCGUAUGCCAAUGUACUUAGGCCUUGCCGCCGCUGGUGCUGGAGGGUAUUAUCUAUACCGUACCGGAGGUGAUCCCAAGAGAGCCACCCGGCAACUCGAAAAUGAUGCUUCUCGCGCAGGAUCAAAAAUCCGAGACGAAAGUAACAAGGCCCUGGGCCAUGGGAGUGCUGAACAGAUUGGAGCAAGGAUAGAUGAAGCGGAUGAGAAGGCCACCACCUUUGCCAAGGAAGAAGCUGAGAGGCUCGGCAAAGCCCGUCAGGACGUUGCCAAAGAUGUAAAUGCAAAGAUUGACUCGUUCGAUAAGACCGUUGAGCAGAAGGCGGCUGAAGCUAAGAGUGGAGUCUCCUCUUGGUUUGGUGGGAAGAAAUAACAGCAGGUAUAGUUAAUGACGGGGAUCCGGCGAUUUGAGAAUGAUUUCGAAAUGAAAAGUGGCUGAAACCUCGUUCCUUUCAUUUCCUCCCGUUUCAAAUUUUCAACUUUCGUUUUGUGACCCCUGGCGAAAUAUGAGGCUUUAGUUGGUUAUGCUUUUUUGCUUCUCUUAUGUUUAUUUCGCGGUCGAAAUUCCAAUCGUCUCAUGAUCCAGUGUGCAUAGUCCCUGAAAUAUGUCGAAUAUGACCGCUUUAUAACGUUCCAUGCAGUGUGAAAUGCAUAAAGCCAGUGACACGAGAAGGUACCCGACAGCCACGAAUUUUCCUGUUUAUGGAGUUGAUGCCGGGAAUUGUGAGAGUGUGGUUGUUGAGUAUUUGUCAUAAGUGAAGGCAGUGAGUUUUGAUAUGGUUCUUGAACCGAAAUUGUAUGUCAGAUGUCAGUCAUCAUUCAUGUGUUCAGAUAUAUUUAUAACCUUCUAGUUUAAAUUCAAGGACCAGUCGACCUUGUUACAGCAUUAAAGAGGUUUUCAAAAGGAUGAGGAGGGAGGGACAUGGCGGCUUCAUGGUCGGCCAAGAUAUUUCCCUCUUCCACCUGUUCUUCAAUACCGUAGACAUCUCCAUGCAAUGUGAUUCUGUCCAAAUAUGUACACAGUAUGACAAAAUCCAUAUCAUAUCCAGGGGUUCUUCGC